UUAAAAGGGGGUUCUUUGGCCCAACCUGGCAACCUGCACGGAGUCAGAUUGAGGCAGAUCUUGCCCACAGCAGACGACUUAGCGCUAUAACAUCACUGCCUGGAAAGACGACUGACGGACGGAGCAGAGAGUUGGAUCAACUGAACGAAGAAGAAAACCUGAAUCUUGGCCUAGGCGGCGGAAGCCUGAUCUGACCCCUCUUGUUCCAGCCUCUCCUCUGGCCAGUUGUGAGCCUUUGUUGGCAUCUGGUCUAAGACAGAAAAGUCAGGGGGAAAAUUACUAUGCUCACAGCCUUUAGUUGAAUACUAGUUUAAGCCUAUAAACGAAGUAUUUAUCAGAUAACCUCUGUGUGGAAUAGCAGCUGACAACAUGGCGAAGAAAAACAGCCAAAAGGAUGCCUCUGGGGUGGUGUUUGACACUCACUCAAAAAUGGUUAUGUCCCAGGGUGGAACAUUUGAGAGGAUGAAGGAGAAGAUCAGUGCCGUCAGGGCAGUUGUGCCUAACAAAAGCAACAAUGAGAUUGUUCUGGUGUUGCAGCAUUUUGAAAACUGUGUUGACAAGGCCGUCCAAGCUUUCUUAGAAGGCAGUGCGGUUGAGAUCCUGAAGGAGUGGAAUGUUACUGGAAAAAAGAAGCCCAAGAAGAAAAAGAAGCCCAAGCCCCAGCCAGAACCCCCGGCUGAGCCUGCACCACCUGAGGUUACGUCGCCUGUGGCGAGCAAGGAGGAGGUCAACGGCUUCCAUGCCAAUGGAUCAGUAAUGGACGGAGAGUCGCUGGACUCUCUGAGUGAACAGUUAGACUCUGCCUCUCUGGAUGCAGCUGAGCUGGACUCUGAACCUGCAACCUCAGAAACCACCGGUGCAGAAGGAGAAAGUCAAGGUAGCGCUCCGAGCCCUACCUCUCAACAGGGAAGGAGGAAUCAUCAAGGUCCCCGAGGCAACAAGACCCGACACAGGCCAGGCUCAAAUUCCCAUCCACCCAUAUCGUCCUUAGCGGUCACCACGGAUGAGAGCCACCAAGGAUCAUCAGGAGUCAAGAAGAUUGCUCCAAACAUUGACCGCUCUGUGAAAGAUCUGCAGAGAUGCACAGCCUCACUGACACGCUACAGGAUGGUGGUCAAGGAUGAAAUGGACUCCUCAAUCAAGAGGAUGAAGCAGACGUUUGCUGAGCUCCAGAGCUGUUUAAUGGACAGAGAAGUGACUCUGCUGGCAGAAAUGGACAAAGUCAAAGCAGAGGCCAUGGCCAUUUUGGAUGGUCGACAAAAGAGAGCAGAGGAGCUCAGACGGCUGACAGACAAAUCUGCAUCCAUGUCUGAGGACCAAUUGACUGAACUACGCGCAGACAUUAAGCACUUUGUGAGUGAACGUAAAUACGAUGAGGAUCUUGGAAAAGCUGUGAGAUUUACAUUUGAUCUUGAGCCGCUGAAGACGAGCAUCACAAGUUUUGGAUCAGUUUACCACCCACGGACCGGCUACUCAAAUCGCUCCCGCUGUAGCUCCACUUCCUCCUCUGUCACCAGCCCAGGGCAGUUGGAAACCCCCCCUCCCCCCCAGUCCCAAAGCACCGGCAACGAAACCCGUCCUCCGCCAACCAAGCAGAUUUUCCAAGGUAACCGGCGUACUUUCCAAGGACAGGGGUAUCACUCUGGCGGUCAGAGGUAUAACGGCGGAUCGUACCAUGACAGGAACCCUGGCCGCAGUAAUUAUCGUUACCAGGGUCACGGGAGUCAGGGUGACGGCCAGGGCUCCUCUGGUCCCUCUUCGCAGUACUCCAGCAACUCCAGAGGUCCUUCCCAUUCCUCCUCAUCCAACCGCCAAGACCGACCCUCGCACAACGGGCUGCCCCAAAGGCCUCCGCGAACACACUGCCCUUGACCCCGGAAUUCCUUUGCACCGUCAUGCCCCCCGACUAACCCUCGCACUCCCCUCCCGGCGCCCUCUACUCUGUCCCGCCCGACUAACUCCUUUCAAUGAAGAAUAGAAUCCGAGUUUACAUAUUGUUAUCAGUCGAGCUGUAGUGCCACCUCUACAUCGAUCCAUUCAUCCUCCAAACUUGAAAAGCUCUCUCUGCUCUGUAGUUUCUCCUCCUUUUGCAUUUGCUAUUUAGAGGCAUUCUCUCCCAUUCCUCUUAAGGUAGCAGCUUCUAUCUUUAGCCCCUUUUUGUUGCAAGAUUUCACUGCCUGCUGCUGUCAGUCUCUGUUGCUCUUCUUUCUUUCUUUUUUUUGACUGCUUCAGAGAAACCAGUUAAUCUGGGGUUAAUUUUUGUUCAGAGACUUGACUUGAGUACCUGCACCAGUUUGUGCACUAUUGGAGUUGAAUUUCUUAGUGCUUGGUCUUUCUGCUGCGGCUCAUAUCAGCUCCGAUUCGCACCUUGAAUCUUUUUUUUUUUUUUUUUUUUUUUUUUUUUUAGUACACGACUAGUUACAGCAUAGCAUUUAUUAGGGUUUUUGUCAUUGAGUGAAAAGACAUGUAAUCAACACUACAGCCUAUCCUUAAUCUUUGCAGAGUAAAAGGUAAACAUAUCAAACUAUAAGUCAGAGCUUUUCAUAUGGCUGCUACAAACAGUUGAGAGGUCAUUACAACUCUAGGAUUUUGGUGUGUUUGAGGGUUACUCCGUGUGGCCACGGAGGCAGUGACAUUGCCCUCCACCAACCCCCAGAAAUCAAUGGGGUUAUUGUAUGUGUGCAGUUUUUUCCUGGCAUGUCCAUAAUUGUAUAAUAAAGAGAGGGCUCGUUACCUUUUGUAGAUUAUUGUUAAAUGGCAUUGCUUGGUAAGGCUCGCAAGAAAGGAAAGGCUGUCCACGUGUUUCUCACUUUGUCUUGCACAUCCAGACAGAUGGAUUUUUUGCCAUACACUCAUUUGUCAUUGUGUUUUCUUUUUUUCUUGUCAUAUGCACAGAAAACGGCAUAUAAAUGACAUGCUCGCCUUCAGUCACAGACAGACUUCACAUUUGCCUUCCUAGGAAACGUGGAUGUCGGCAUCAUGACAGCUUUCUAAACAGACGGUACUUGUGAAAGAAGACGUGUGACUGACACACACACUUCCUGGCUAGUAAGGUGUAGGAUCUUGGUUGCCCUUCCAGUGUAUAUGUUCACUUUUCACUUUAUCCUAACCUGUAAAAGUAAAAACGAUCAAACUGAUGAAUGCUUUUGUAGGUUCUAUAGAUUCACAGUUCUUUUCUAUGGCUGCCAAGUCUUGACGCAUGUAGGCUGUUGUUGGGGUUAAGUCUCUUUUGUAGUGUUCACAGUAAGUGAAUAAAAAGCUGGCGAAUACCUCAUUGCUGAUCCUUUGACAUGGCCUGUUUGCAAACUGUUUGUUGCAGGGGGCUCUUAUUUAGGGACAGGGACUCCUGGUGAUUCCUCAUCUCCUUCUCUCUGUGUGAUUGUGUGUGAUUGUGUGUGAGUGUGUCUGUGCGUCUGUGUGUCUGUGUGUCUGUGUGUGUGUGUGUGUGUGUGUGUGUGUAUGUGGAACUGCAAGGCUGCAGCGUACAACCAAUCAUUACAUGACUGCCGCAUCUUCUUCGUACUGUGUUGUCUUCCCUCAAGAACAGGACGCCUGCGGGGAAAAAAUUAAUUGAAGAAAUUUUUUUUGAUUUGUGUUUACUCUGCCCCUUUUCAUUUUCUUAAGGGUUUCCUGACGGCAGUAAGCUGAUAGUGUUAGUAGUGAGACCCAGACACUUAAGUGUUUGUGAUUUAUCUUUUUUUUUGUAUUAUUAUUGUAAACACCCUUGUUCAAGCGGUUAUGUUGCCGAAUAUUAUUUAAAAAAGAAAAAAACAAAAAAAACAGUGGUUUAGUUAGCGACGUGCCUGUUUGCAGUCUAUGCUAAAUACACACUGUAGGUACAUAUUGUAGGUCAGAUAAAUUGAUUAUCUACUGGCUUCUGUGCUUGCAUAGGUGAGGAAUCGGUUGUAAUGUAACACAGAUCUUUUAGUUGACUCAAGCUGUCGGGGGAAAUUGUGCAGAAUAUUGUGAAGAUGCACCCGACUCUUUCUCCUCUGCUUAUUUCAAGUGUCUUCAGUUGCAUUUAGAAUUGAUGAUAGUUUGUUGCUGGAUGGUUAAGCAAUUCAGAUUCAGUUGCAGCACAGUUCUUGUAUCAGAAGUACUGGACUUGUUUGAUCGAAAUUCAAAGCAAGUAGCUUUCUCAUUUGGGAUUCAGUUUCUAUCUCAGUCUCACUUCAACCAAACAAAGUAAUUUUUUUUUUUUUUUACAUUCCAAACUGUAGGAGCAUUAGAUUGUCGCCAAAGAAAUAAUUUCAUCCUGUUGAAAGUUGCUGCCUUUUUCUUUCCUCAGCCUGUAAAGAAUUAAAUUCUUGUGAUUGUUUUCCAAAGGGGAUAAUCUAGAGUAACACUUCACCGGGCCUCCUCCCCAUCCCAUUUUUAUUUUCUGAUUCCUUACUGUAUAUACGUACAUGUAGCUAUAUAAUUUUGUGCUCAUAUAGAGCAUUUUGUAUGUGAUAUUCAUGUUAGGCAUAUGGUUUCUUUGGAGGUUAAAACAUCUAGCUCAUUCAUUCUUCCAAUAGUCCUUAUGUCUAUUUUGUUUCUUUUCUCAAAAUGUCUGAGACAACUGUAAACUUAAGUGCCUUCUCUUGUCUCCCACCAAUUCAUUGACAUCCCUCCGCCAGAGUAUGGACCAAAGACAUCUACCCUGUCCCAUAAACCCCUGUCCUUUCUUUCUCCCACUCACUGAAUGGCACACUUUUCAUUUACUACGAAUAAAACAGUUUGCAAUACUUUGA